AUGGCCCCCUCUCCUACCAGACUUCGACAAAUAGCUCUUGUAGCUGCGGACCUGGAUAGAGCCAGACAGCUCCUGACGAGAGUGAUCGGUACCGAAGUCAUAUUCGAAGAUCCAGCUGUCGCACAAUGGGGCUUGAAGAACUUCCUCGUUCCAAUUGGCGGCGAUAUCAUCGAAGUCGUGUCACCCUUCAGACCUGAUACUCCAGCAUCGAGACAGCUCUCGAAACGUGGCGAUGGCGGGUACAUGAUCAUCAUGCAGACACUUGAUGCGAAUGCUCGGAACCGAUAUAUUGAAGAGCACAAGCUUGCCAAGGUCAUAUUCUGCCAUGAAUUGGAGGAAAGUGUCUGUAUACAAUAUCAUCCGAAGGGAAUCAAAGGCGGCGUGAUACCAGAACUCGAUUCCCAUCACCCUUCUACAUCGUACCCAAACCCGAUCUUAGAGCGCUUCUCACCUUGGCAUGCUGCUGGACCACCCUCCGCAUACACGGCCUACUCUGCUGGAAUGAAACGACACAGCGGCUUACAUCUGCUUUCAGUAGCUCUGAGAUUAGCCCCUGGAGACCGCGAUACAAGCGCUGCUGCAGAACAAUGGGAAGGUAUAUUUGGUGUCAGCAAAGGGAAACGAGAAGGAGAGAUCGAGUUUACGAAUGCUACGAUGAGCUUUAUUCCUGGUGAACAAGAGAAGAGCGAAGGGAUCGUGGAAAUAGUGAUUGGUGUCGAGGGUCAAGAGAGACUGAGUGGGAUACAAAGGAGAGCCACAGAAGAGGGGCUAAAGUUUACUGACAGUGGCUGUAUCGACAUGCUAGGAAUCCGUUGGCGGUUCCUACAAGUUGCGCCAGAUGAAAUCGUCAAGAGCCGAAUAUGA